AUGAAAAUCGGCCUUUUCCUGCUGUGUAUUGCGCAGAUCGCGACUGUACUGGCACUUGACUUCCCAUCUGUCUUCGAUUACAGCCAACUACCGUCUUGCGCGCGUAAUUGCAAGAUACUCGAGACCUCGGAGCUGAACUGCGUUCCUCCUACUGCCCCGUCCUCGAGUCAAGCAACUUACGUUGAUUGCCUCUGUCAGUCUGAGUAUCUUCGAAGCCUUCAUGCCAAUGGCGAGAUAUGCCAUGAUGUCUGCGACGAGAAAGAUGAUCUGGCCAUUUACCACUCUUACAAUUCCAUCUGCAACACACCAAACCGAGCACCGACAACAAGUACGACCCCUACUGUCACCCCGAGCUCCUCUCCAGUAGCUGGCACGAGUGAUACCGCGACUUCUACACCCACUAAGGAUGGUCAGGACAAACUGAACCAUCAGGGUACAUGGUUCCGUCGCAACUGGAAGUACAUCCUGCUAGCCAGCUUCCUCACUCUCAGCAUCUUCUCCAUCCUUCUCAGUCUAGCCUAUUGCUAUCGCCGCAAGCAGCGGAAGUCGAAUCUCGAAAAUUCUAGAAAGCGCAACGGUCUAAUACCCCUCCAACUUGUCCCUUCCCAAUCGAUCCAACCACUGCGUUCUGAUGAUCGAUCCGACUGGCCCUUGAGAAGUCCCAGCUCUGCUGGCCCGAGGACGUACGACCUCGGCGGCCCUUCAAUCUCUUCGCCGCACGCACCUCCAACGUCAAGUUAUAGCUUAAGAAAUUCGCCUAGCAGGAAGCAGGAGUCACUCAUUGGCCAGAAAGAGAGAAUUAUCAGGAGGAGCUCAAGGACGGUGGCAGGAGCGCAGCUGAGGUCUUUGGAGGAUACCGAACGUUUGAUCCAGGAAAGGAUGAGAAAUACGGGUGGACCAGGUAUUCCGCUCCCUCCAAGGUCGAAGAUUCAGCACUAG